AUGGCUACCUUGUUCAAUACUUCAACCCAAGAAUCAUUCACCACGGCUCGGAAUGAAUUUUCUUCAUCAAAUCAAUCUCUUCCCCAUCAUAUACCAUUACCACCCCCUCAUAUGAUACAGAACAGAUCAUCAAGUUCUUCGCCAGCAAGUUCAGGUCAUGUAAAUAGAUUUCAUCAACAUCAACUCCAACAGCGAGGACAAAGACCAUCUCCAAAUUAUCAUGUCCAAUCACAACAACAGCCCCAGCAAUAUAAUUCAAGACAAGUCAAUCCUUUCGGUGCCAUCUAUGGUGGGACAACGGUACAACCUUCAACUAUAAGAGAAUCAGCAAGAUCAUCAAGUGAAGAUAUAUUUGGAGAUCCAAAUGUUCAACAUUCAACCUAUUUUCAAAUAGAAAGAAACUUUCAUCAAGGUAAAAUGACUCCACCUAAUCUUAAAGGAACUGGUCCAAGACGUCAUACUCCUCCAGUUGUUACCAUAGUUGAUGAUUCUUCUUUGAAGAGAUCUGGAUCCAUAAUUUCAAGAGAAGCCACGUUACGAAAUAGAAAUAAAAUAAAAAGUAGAAAUACAACAGUUGAAGCUAAAGAUUUGUAUACAGAAGAUGAUGAUUUAACUUCAACUAGAAGAAGAAAAAGAGAUCGUUUAAUGUUUAGAUUCCCGGUUAAAAGAAAGACAUCCUUAAAAUAUACCAAAUUACCUCAACAACAUCAUCAUCCUAAAGUUUCAAGUCCUGAUUUCCAAAGUAAUGAACAAUUACAAAAAUUUCUUAAAAGUUGUAAUGCUGAAGAUUUAGUUCGAGAAUUAUUACCCAAAAGAAUGCAAUUAUUCAGAUAUAAUCAAUUAGUCAGUAUUCAUCCACGAUUACAAUCUGUUCAUGAAAUUUUUGAUAUGUCCAAAGAUAACGAAUUUGGACUAUUAAAAAUCAAUCCCAAAUUAAUUUCAGCUCCUAUUCAAAAACAUACUCAAACAAGUCAUAGUCGUCAUUAUAGUAAUAUUCAAUUUAAAGAAAUCGUAUAUCAAAAGUAUAAAUCUGCCGUAUUUGCCAAUAAAUUAAGAAGAGUACCUCGAUUUGAAGAAAUUUAUCCUGAUGAUUUACAUUUAUUAAAGAAACAAGAAAUUGACCAAAUCAAUCAAAAACUUUUAUUUGAAGUUUUAUUAAGAAGAACAGUAGCGGCAAAGAUAGAAUAUAGAUUACUUCAAGGUGGAUUCGAUAAAUAUAUUGAUGAUGAAACCACUUCCUCAAGAUAUUCUUCAGAGAAUUCAUCUUCUAAUAGUAGAAGUGGUGAUGGAAAUACAAGGACAAAACAAGGUCAAGGUAAUCCAGGUUUAGAAGAAGAUAAAGAAUCAACUAAUGGAUCAAGAGAAUCAAUCAAUACUGAUGAAUUAAUGCAACAGAAUCAAUCGCUCUUUUCUGAAUUAUUACCUUCACCUCAAAUCAGUUAUACAUCUGAUAUAUUUGGUAGUAUUAAUUUUGAUUCUCCAAAAAGUGGAUAUAACUCAAAUAAAACUAAUUCACAAGAUCAUAAAAGUAUAAAGACAACAACCAGUACUUUGGAUCCAUAUAAAAUUCAUUCAUCAAAUUCACCCAAAUUGAAUAAACCGAUAUCUCAAGAAUCAUUAUACAUCAAUAAUUUCAAUAAAUCGUAUCACCAAAAAUAUAAUAAUAUUGAUGAUGUUGAAAGUGCAUUAUUCAAUUCCAAAGUAUAUCAAUUGAAACCUAUAAAUAGAUCAGUUACCACAUUAUUAUCAUCUGAUUCAUUACCUUAUGUUCAUAAACUCACAACCCCACCUCAUAAUCAAGAAUUUCAACAUAAAGCUACUGAUAUGAGUACAAAAUCUUCAUCAUCUACUAAAGAUCCCAACACUACAACUUCUUCAGGUAAGAGACCAUCUAAUUCAACCACCAAUACUUCAGUAUUUCAAAAUUUGGAAGAUUUAUCAAGUGAAUUAUCUUCAUUUAUUCAUGAUGAUGAUAAUAACACUACCAAUCAUAAAAAGAAAUCAGCUCCAGCUCCUCCACAAACUUCAACGGUUCUUCCAAAAAUCAUCACAACUUUACCUGAUACUUCAACCACCCAUUCAAAUUUACAAAUGCUUAGUCAUAUGGCUUCAAAUACUAGAGAACCCCAAAUGCAAAUAAAUCCAGGUCCAAACGUAUCUAAUUCAAAGAACGCCAUUCAAAAUACCAUGUCAUUGUAUGAUAUCAAGUCCUUGAAAGGAUCUAUUUCAGUAGUAUCCCCUUCAGAUUAUGCCCAAUCAAAUGCUCCUUCUAUAAGUCCAACUAAAGCUGAUAAUGAAUUAAAUACCAUUACUGAGAAUUUACAAGUCCCUUCUUCAAGUCAGAAUGUAAGAAGUUUAAGUCCAAAUAAACUUCAUAGUCGAAGUAGUAAUAUCAUGAGAAGAAAUGAUAGUAAUUCUACCCGAUCUGUCAUGAGUUCACAUAAAAAAGAUUUAAGUUAUAGUGAUUCUACUGAUGGAAGUUCAACUCGUUAA